AUGUCCAAUGAGCAGAACCGCCAGCUGAAUAAUGCAAAUAACAAUCUUCACAACCCGUCGAAUCCGCAUACGAUAUCGAAUUUGUCAGCAGGAUUGAAAUCUGUAUCUAUUGCAGACCAACAACAGAAUGACUUGAACUUGAAACUCUUACAACAACAACUACAGAAUGAAGCAGCAGCAGCAGGACGAGGAGUAGGAGGCCUGUCGACACACAAUGAUCAUCAUCAACAACAACAACAACAACUGCAACAGCAGCAGCAGCAACAACAACAACAACAGCAGCAGCAGCAGCAACAGCAAUCUAGAAUAACACAGUUUUUUCAGAACCAGCCUACUGAAGGGUACACUUUGUUUUCCCAUAGAUCUGCACCUAACGGAUUCAAAGUUGCUAUUAUACUAUCAGAAUUAAACUUGCCAUUCAAUACUAUUUUUUUAGAUUUCAAUGAUGGAGAGCAACGUGCUCCUGAGUUUGUCACCAUCAACCCCAAUGCAAGGGUACCGGCGUUGAUUGACCAUUACAACGAAAACACAUCCAUUUGGGAAUCUGGCGCCAUCAUAUUAUACCUCGUUUCUAAGUACAUAAAGGAAAACAACGGAGAAUGUAGUUUAUGGAGUGACAACUUGGUCGAACAAAGUCAGAUAAACUCGUGGCUCUUUUUCCAGACAAGUGGGCAUGCACCAAUGAUAGGACAAGCCUUGCAUUUUAGAUACUUCCAUUCUGUGCCAGUACCCAGUGCGGUUGAGAGAUACACGGAUGAAGUGAGAAGAGUUUACGGAGUAGUGGAAAUGGCCUUGGCUGAAAGGAGAGAGGCGCUCAUUAUGGACAUGGAUGUAGAAAAUGCAGCAGCAUAUAGCGCCGGAACAACACCAUUGUCCCAAUCGAGGUACUUUGAUUACCCCGUGUGGCUUGUUGGAGACAGAGCUACGGUGGCGGAUCUAUCGUUUGUGCCAUGGAACAAUGUCGUUGAUCGUAUUGGAAUUAACUUGAAAGUGGAGUUCCCCGAGGUUUAUAAAUGGACAAAGUACAUGAUGAGAAGACCAGCAGUGAUUAGAGCAUUACGAGGUGAUUGA